GUGAACAGCUCGGGAAUAUGAUAAUGACUUCGGGAAAGAUUAUCACUCCCUCGAAUUUACCGCAAAUAAUCAGUUUGUCUGUUGUAAAUUCUUCAAGGUUUAUAAUUCUUGGAACUAAACCAGAAAUUCUUGAAUGGCUUAGCACGUAUUCAAAUAUUAAACUUGAAGUAACCCUGUUUGACGACGUGACAGAGGCGCCACAUGUUCAUGUCCCUGACGUAAUUAUUGAUCUCUUACCCACAUUUAAUGAAUUUGGUUACGCCAAACACAAAUCUCUUCUUGAUUAUAUUAUUCCAACUUAUCAUCCUAAUCCUGCCGAAGAACCUGUACGACUUGAGUUCCGUCCCGCAAAUUCUAAAAUUGAUGAAAAUAUUGAUCCAUAUUUCCGUAUUACUGUUAAAAGAGGUUCAACUUUUGCUGAAAUCUUCAAUGAAAUUAAGGAUAAAUGGGAUUCAAUCGUUUAUCCUAAUGUUUGGGAUAAUUUGAAACACCUUGCUACGUUAUCUCGUCAAUAUAUAGAAAAUGAAGAAGAAGAUUAUUCUACUCCUCAUACUCAACUUAGCAGUGUGGUUGUCGAUCAGAAAUAA